AUGCAUCAGACACCAACCUUUGACGAUGGUUUGCUGACAGCCCUACUGAGGUAUGGACCCAUGCAGCAGGCACCAACCUUUGACGAUGGUUUGCUGACAGCCUUACUGAGGUAUGGACCCAUGCAUCAGACACCAACCUUUGACGAUGGUUUGCUGACAGCCUUACUGAGGUAUGGACCCAUGCAGCAGGCACCAACCUUUCACGAUGGUUUACUGACAGCCGUACUGAGGUAUGGACCCAUGCAGCAGGCACCAACCUUUGACGAUGGUUUGCUGACAGCCUUACUGAGGUAUGGACCCAUGUAUCAGACACCAACCUUUCACGAUGGUUUGCUGACAGCCUUACUGAGGUAUGGACCCAUGCAUCAGGCACCAACCUUUCACGAUGGUUUGCUGACAGCCGUACUGAGGUAUGGACCCAUGCAUCAGGCACCAACCUUUCACGAUGCCUUACUGAGGUAUGGACCCAUGCAUCAGACACCAACCUUUCACGAUGGUUUGCUGACAGCCUUACUGAGGUAUGGACCCAUGCAUCAGACACCAACCUUUCACGAUGGUUUGCUGACAGCCUUACUGAGGUAUGGACCCAUGCAUCAGACACCAACCUUUCACGAUGGUUUGCUGACAGCCUUACUGAGGUAUGGACCCAUGCAUCAGACACCAACCUUUCACGAUGGUUUGCUGACAGCCUUACUGAGGUAUGGACCCAUGCAUCAGACACCAACCUUUCACGAUGGUUUGCUGACAGCCUUACUGAGGUAUGGACCCAUGCAUCAGACACCAACCUUUCACGAUGAUUUGCUGACAGCCUUACUGAGGUAUGGACCCAUGCAUCAGGCACCAACCUUUCACGAUGGUUUACUGACAGCCGUACUGAGGUAUGGACCCAUGCAUCAGACACCAACCUUUCACGAUGAUUUGCUGACAGCCUUACUGAGGUAUGGACCCAUGCAUCAGGCACCAACCUUUCACGAUGGUUUACUGACAGCCGUACUGAGGUAUGGACCCAUGCAUCAGGCACCAACCUUUCACGAUGGUUUACUGACAGCCGUACUGAGGUAUGGACCCAUGCAUCAGGCACCAACCUUUCACGAUGGUUUGCUGACAGCCCUACUGAGGUAUGAACCCAUGCAUCAAGCACCAACCUUUCACGGUGGUUUGCUGACAGCCCUACUGAGGUAUUGA